CUAAAAGCUCCACACUGUUGUUGAAAUGCAUCAGUUAAGCAUCAGCGUUCUAGAAAACACUGUGACAGUUUGAGGCGAUUCACACGAGAUGUGCUUGAGGAUUUCUGUAACAUUUCAGACUCCUGUGUUGACAUGUGGACACAACAGUGUUGCCUUUACUCACAGGGAGACUCCCUGCUCUGCAUGAAUCAUUCAUGGCCCUGACUGACUGAAUGCCUGUUGUUGUGGACUAUAGCAUGCAGCUUUCUGAAUGAAGCACAUGUUCCUGGGCCUGUGGUCCUAGAAAAGGAGUGUGAAUCAACUGUGCUGCGAGGGUGGGUCAGUGGAACAGAUGGGAGACAACAGGCUUACAGCGGAGCAGCAUCAGUGCACCAGAGCUGGAGACAGACGUCCCCCAUGACAUGCUACGCAAAAUAGGCCGAGGGAUUGAGUCACAAAGUAGUUGGACAGGAGAGGAGGGGGCGAGGGAUGUUAGUCGUGUUCAGGAGCAGCGGGUGUUUAGAAGUGAGCCAUGCCGAGACCUUGACCUCAAGCUCGCCACUGGAACCCGAGUCCCAUAGCUGCCACGACCACUCCGAGGACAGGAUGAGUUCUACGCAGCAGGGGAGCAAGGAGUGACCAUUUCAACGCCGCCGCCGCCGCCGCUGCCCCAACAACACAGGGAUGGGCCUUCCAGUUGGUCUCUGUAACACCCUGUCAUCACAGCACAUGUCAACACUCAGACAUGGGUGAGAGCGGAUGACAGGCGUACAAAGAGGAUUGCAGUAGAGAGAGAAGUGGCAGCGUGGUGGUGGGGGGGCACACAAAGGAGAUUGUCUCUGGGAUGUACUGACCACUCACGGAGAUUAAACUAUCGAUGCAUGCGCUGCACGUCUGACCAAAGACUGUGGCACCCACACCGUCCACAGUAUGGGGUGCAUCAAAUCUAAGACGGGCAACUCUGGAGCCCCAAAUGCAAACUCCACAGAGAAGACGAGGGGCGGGUGCAGGGGGCCGAGGGAGGGAGAGAAAGCCUUCCUGGUUCACCCGGAGGCAGAUGCGGCGGCGGAGAGCUUCCCUCAGGUCAGCCCAGUGCUGCUGGAGUACGCGCAGAAGCUCUCAGAGGAGAUUGUGGCCCGGGCCGUGCAGCAGUGGGUGGAGGUGGACCGCCGCUAUAGUGACAUCCCCUACAUUGAAUGUGACAUGCCAUGACACUGGAGGGAGAGCGAGUCACACAGAGGACACCCCGGGGCGGCGCAAACACGAGCGACGGCAUCGACAGACCAAAACUCAUGCGCUCAGAAUGAAUCAUUCAAGGAUUUUAGGAACAUGAAUGAGCCGCUUGUAAUUCAGUUUUGACCCCUUUAUUUUUAAUUGGAUUAUCCCGGGAUUGGGUUUAAAAGGCCCAGUGCAAAGCGACCAAAGCAUUCCAUGAUUCAAAACAAGGGCCUUACUCUUAUAUCAGAGCGUCGUCAGUUGGACAUUGUCUUUCUCUGUCCCCCUGCGCCAAGUAGAUUUCGGCUCUCAUGAUGACUCGUGAUGCAACGAGAGAAAUUGUUUAGUAUCACAAUGUUCCUGUCUGCCAGUGAAAGUCUAUCCCGUCCAUUGAUGCCAUCCAGCUAUCUCCUCUUACAGAGGACGUUAUUCAUAGAUCCCUUCAUUUGGUGAAGGCUCUCUGUAGAGAACCUGCACCCGUGCGACCAGGUCAGACACACACACACACACACGCGCCCCAGCAGGCUCUUGUCCUCUACUGUAAGUAACGGCGUCCCCCGGGGGUUCCUGCGGUGGAGCUGCAACAUCGUCCUCGGCUCUAGUUUAUGCCGCGGCCAUUAGGCCGAGCCGACCGCAGUCCACCACUCACCCGGGCAGCUCCUCGAAAUGGGUUUCAGAAAAUGUCUGCGAACAAACGACGCAUUUCCUGCACUCCAGGAUAUUCUGUAUACACGAGUCACAGUAGACGACUGGGACCACGGGGACCAGCUGCAGAGUCUCAGCCUCAGAGAAAACAACUCACUUUUCACACAGGAUGAACCUGUCAGCAGAACUGAAGCUUAAAGGAAAAAAAGAAAACAGAAACACCUGAAGAUAAGAGUCCUGGGUUUGGGUUCUUGUCAACACUGUCCAUGUACAAUGUCUAAGUCAGAAAUACUGCCAUUUGCCCUUUAGAGGAGAAGCAGCACAAAUAUGCAAAAUCCACCUUAAAAAUAAUGUGGUGCUGCUUCUAUAACAGAACACAGACCAGGCGACAGAGUCAAGAUAUAUUAACAAUAGAACAUUCAUAACCACCAGAGUCCUUAAUGAAUGUUAUGAUAAGCCUGACCCACGUUAGAAGGCCCGUGUGAACAGUUCUAUUUGAACAGUGGGGACAUUAUUAUAAAAGGUGUGGUCUUUG